AUGAAGAAAUGUCUCUGUUGCGGAAGUUUCGAGCAUCAAAUUACCACCUGUCCUGUUAAAAAUCGUGAAGGAAAUGAGGGUGCGCAACCAGAGAAGUGCAACCCUAGGCAACCAAUAGCUAGUGGAAGUAGACCCAAAACCUCUGCUAGGGUUUUUGCUUUGGACCAUCAGCGAGUUCCUGAAUCGUCAGAAGUAGUGGAAGGUACGAUCCCUGUAUUCCACCGCUUAGCUAAACUUUUAAUUGAUCCUGGGGCAACCCAUUCUUUUGUGAAUCUUGCCGUUAUGUGUGGUAUUGAUGUGAAUCCUGUUAAAUUUCCCUAUGACUUAGAGGUUAGAACACCUACUGGGGAUCAAAGCCUAGUUACCAAUAUGGUCUAUAAAAAUUGUGAGAUUUGGGUAGAAGAAUGGAAGUUGGUGGUAGACCUGAUAAGUCUAGACCUCAAAGGGCAUGACGUGAUUAUAGGUAUGGAUUGGUUGGCCCGUUAUAAUGCUCAGUUGAACUGCAAGACUAAAGUGGUGGAGUUCUCUAUACCCGGAUAG